AUGAAGGGUCGAUCGCACCGCCUUCAGAACUCUGACCCUCCGGACGACUGGGUUAACGGGUCGUGGACCGUGGACUGCCUGUGCGGUGUGAAUUUCGACGAUGGCGAAGAGAUGGUCAAUUGCGACGAGUGUGGCGUAUGGGUGCACACCAGGUGCUCUAGGUACGUGAAGGGAGAUGAUAAUUUCGUUUGUGAUAAAUGUAAGACUAGGAACAAUAGGAAUGAGAGCGAGGAAACUGAGGUUGCGCAGUUGUUGGUGGAGCUUCCUACUAAGACUGUCAGAAUGGAGAGUUCUUAUGCCCAUCCGCCAAAUGUGCCUACUCGCCGCCCUUUUAGGCUUUGGACUGAUAUACCGAUGGAGGAGAGGGUACAUGUUCAGGGAAUUCCGGGUGGGGACCCUGCUAUAUUUGGUGGAUUAUCGUCGGUUUUUACUCCCGAGUUGUGGAAGUCUACUGGGUAUGUGCCCAAGAAGUUCAAUUUUCAGUAUAGGGAAUUCCCUUGUUGGGAUGAUAAGAAGGAGGAUGAUGCUAGAUUUGACGAAGACAAUGAGAACCCUGUUAAUAAAGGUGCUGGUGUUCUGUUCUCUUUGUUGGCAAACCCAGUGGCUGCUUUGGUGGGGAUGAGGGGCCGAGAAGAGGAUGGCGGGUAUGACAAGAAUGUGUCUUUGAAAGAAACGAAAAGGUGGGAUAAUGAGGUUGAUGAUCUUAGAUGUGGUCAGAGUGGUGUGAAGAAGGAGAGAAGCUUACUUCGGCCUGUUGUAUUCCAUUCCGGCAAGCGAAAAAAGGACGAUUUGGGGACAUCCAAAGAUCGGAGUAGCAAGAAGAAAGCUAGAGCUGCUGAUAAAGAGGCUGAUGCAAAGAAAAGAACCGCACAAUCAUCUAAAUCAGUGUUUACACCCCCGAGUGAUGCAAAACAAUUGGAAUUUUCUGAGGACAGAGGUCCGAAGACUUCCAAGGCUGAAAUUCAGAGUACGAAGAAUAAGAAGUUGAGUGACUCUGUGGUCAGAGAACCUGCAGCACCUGCAGCAAACUCUUCUGUUGAAAAGAACUCUUCGGAAGCUGUAAUUUCUGACAUUUCUAAACAUAAGCUUUCAUUUGGUGAUGGACUAAAGGAUGACAAGGUUGGCCAGCAAGUUCCUGCAGUGCAGGGGAAUAUCACCCUUACCAAACCUGAUGAUGCUGUCACGCCAUUGUUAGAGAACAAUGACGAUCCAACUGAUCAUGUAAAACCAGAGGGAGAUAGCAUGGCAGAUGAUAAUUUGGAUGUGAAACCUCCCAUUGAAGAUGUUGCUGCACCAGAAAUUAAGAGUCAGGUUCAAUAUCCUACCGGUGGCGUGUCUAUAGAACAUUGUUCCAAAGUGAAAACAGAAGAACAUGAUGACAAUUCUAGGAGCCCUUUGAAUGCGCAGUCUUCUCCUCAUGCUGAUGCACAGGAUCUUGUCGUAUCUUCAGAUCACAUGUCUGAAAGUUCGAAGAUUAAUGAUGUGACAGUAAACGGCCCGUUGUCCACUGACCAUAAGGUGCUAGGUGCUGACAGAAAUUCAGAAGCAGCUAGUGAUUCUCAUACAGACAAGGGUGUUGAAUUAUCUGUUGAUUCUUGCCACCUUAAACGAGAAUGGGAAGGUUCUGAGGAUUCAAUGACUCUGCAAAAAAGUUCUUCAGAUGCCAACCAUGGUUUGGUGUUUGCCGAAGAGCUUUCAAAAUCCGGUGGGACUAUCUUAAACUCUCCAGCAGUACCCAGUCAGUGUAAAACAGUAGUAGUCUGUGCUGGAAAAUCUUCCACCGUUUCAUCCACCAUUGCAGUCUCCAAAUCAUCCACUUCUGAUAACUUAAAAUCUGGUGAUGCUCAGAAUCCUAAUCCAAUCCCCAAGCAACGAGUAAUUUCUGAAAGUAAUGUUAGCAUUAAAAAGGAUCGUGCUUCAUGUGAGGAUAUGGAUGAAGACAGGGACAAUAUGUCAAGGAAAACUGGGAAAGAGCAAUUAAGAUCCCCUACUAAUUCUGCUCUGAAAACCUCACACUCAAGCCGGAAUCAUGAUUCCAUUUCCAAGUGGACCGCAUCAGAUUCAAAAGAUUCAGUGCUUCACUCAUCUUCCAAAACAUCUUCAACUGGGAAUGCUGCAGUUCCUUCAGGCUCUAGUGAGCCUGCUGGAUCUCUGCCAAGCCAGAAGGUUUUACAUGCUCAUAAUAAGUGUUCAGCUUCAAGCGCAUUGCAAAGAGGUGAAAAGUUUAACCAGACAACUUCAUCUAAGACUAAUCAGAGUCACACCACGUCUGCCUGUCCACCUGCACCAUCAAGUUUGCAGGCAAAACUAAGUGACGAAGAACUUGCAUUACUUUUACAUCAACAACUCAACAGUUCUCCGAGAGUGCCUCGUGUACCACGUGUUCGCAAUGCAUCUAGCUUACCUCAGUUGGCUUCUCCAAGUGCAACAAGCACGUUAAUGAAGCGCACAUCUAGUUCUGGAGGAAAAGAUCAGAAUUCGGUGUCUAGAAGAAAAGUCAGGGAUAAAGAUGGGUUCCGAAGUUCCCGUGAACAUGAUGAUGAAGCUAAAAAGAUUGACAGGGUACCAUCUUCUUCAGAUCAAAGAAGACAAGAUGCAGCAUGUACAUCGGAUGUUGCUGCUAAGAGGGAGGACAAUUUAUCUUCAACGGUGGUACAUUCCAGCAAGAGGAACAUCCAUUCUGCCUCCACUGCCACUGCCACUGCAAACAGUGGACCAUCUUCAUCUACUGAGGCUAGUGAUCGUAAUGUGUCAUCUGUACGCAGUUCCCCAAGGAAUGCCUCUGAUGAUGAUACAGGCGCAGUUGGUCCUGUUCAUCGUACUUUGCCAGGCUUGAUAAAUGAGAUUAUGAGUAAAGGCAGGCGCAUGACAUAUGAGGAGCUUUGUAAUGCUGUGCUGCCGCACUGGCAUAACCUGAGAAAGCAUAAUGGAGAGCGCUAUGCAUACACAAGUCCUUCACAGGCUGUUCUUGAUUGCCUUCGGAAUCGACAUGAAUGGGCUCGGCUAGUCGAUCGUGGUCCCAAGACAAAUUCAAGUAGGAAGAAGCGAAAACUUGAUGCUGAAGACUCGGAGGAUAAUGAAUACGGCAGGGGUAAAAAUCCAAAGGAGUCAGAAGGCAAAAGCAUUGAAACACAGAGAGAGGAUUUUCCAAAGGGCAAGAGAAAAGCCCGAAAACGCAGGAGACUAGCUCUUCAAGGAAGAGGAAUAAAGGAUGUCAGGGAGAAACGGAAGGCAGAUCUGCUCAGUGAUGAUGAUAUUGGACCAUCAUUUUCUAAUUCCACUGAAGGAAGCAUGUCCAGUGAGGAUGAUAUUCAGGGAGGCGGAGCAUGUCCAGUAGGAAGCGAGGCCUCUACUGGUUCGGAUGAGACGGGGGCAAUGUGA